CCAGCAUUCGGCGCGGACGCAUUGUGCUAUACGUUUUCUAACCGCAUCGUUAAUUGAAAAAGCGGCAUCAUGUGUCCAAUAUGGCCGCUUCACCUUGUGCUGCUGUACUUGUUGGCGAUCUGUCCGCUGUGGGUGCUGUGUCAGCAACUACCUCAGAUAUCAGCGGUGUUCAAUCCAAACUCCGCCAUGAUUCACAUGAACUUGUACGAGGAUGUCAACGUCACUGUUAAAGGUGUCGGUCUGCUGGAAAACGACGAAAUACUCGUGACAACAGAGAACGCAGGCAUAUCGUUCGCGGAGAUAAACUCGACGAGCAAACUAACGCAAGAAGACGCCGACAACGGCGAAUGGCACGGGAAGAUACGGAUAUAUGGAGAAUUCUUAGGGAGGACAAACAUAGGCAUCCGUGCGGCACGCAACGGCGAAAUUUCCGCCGCCAACGAGACAGUGUCCGUCAUUGUGACGCGCCCAGAACGCGUCAUUGACACCAUCUUUACUGCCAGCAUUGCCCUCUUUGUGUCCCUAAUCUUCAUCAACUUCGGCUGCGCGAUGCACUGGCCCACAGUUAAAGAGGUGCUGAAGAAACCCAUCGGACCCGUCAUUGGGAUGGUCGGACAGUUCAUAUUUAUGCCUUUGAUGACGUUCGGUCUCGGUUUCCUGAUCUUCCCAGACAAUGCGGCGCUUCACUUGGGAAUGUUCAUGACGGGAGUGGCUCCCGGCGGUGGUGCCUCCAACAUCUGGACUUUUAUUUUGGGCGGGAACCUGAAUCUGUCGCUCGCUAUGACGUCUAUAUCCACUAUAUUCUCAUUCGGUUUCAUGCCACUAUGGAUCUUCUCUCUCGGGCAAGUGGUAUUCGCGAAUGCCAACAUCGGGGUGCCAUACACCAACGUAAUAACCUUCGUGGUAGGCCUCCUAGUGCCUAUGAGUAUCGGUCUGGCCAUGCAGCGAUUUACGCCCAAAAUAGCAGCAUUCAUGGUCAAGAUAUUGAAGGGAUUCUCGAGCACGCUGCUGAUAUUCAUCAUCGUGUUCGCUAUCGUGACCAACCUGUAUAUAUUCCAGCUGUUCACUUGGCAGAUAGUAGUAGCGGGCAUGGGAAUCCCCUGGCUCGGCUAUAUGUUCGGUUACGCGCUCGCGCGGAUCUUCAAGCGGCCGCAUAAAGAUGCCCUCGCCAUCUCCAUCGAGACCGGCAUCCAGAACACAGGCAUCGCCAUCUUCCUGCUACGCUAUGCGCUGAGUCAGCCCGAGGCAGACAUCACUACAGUGAUCCCAGUGUCAGCGGCCAUUAUGACGCCGAUUCCAAUGACGGCGAUCCUUAUCUACCAGAAGAUCAAGGGCUGUAUGGGAGCAUUGUCGCCCGAAGAAAUCGACACAAAAAAAUCGUGGAAGACCCCGUCACACCCGUAUAUGAAGUCGGCCAGCCCGACGGCAUCACAACCAUUGAUGGCAACCUCAAAUAGUGCUGCCUAGAGUCGAUAAACUUGUCGAUAGCCCAGGCCAAACGAUGGUGUAACUUUAAAGUUUUAAACCGCAUCAAAAUGGGUCCAUUUGUUUAGCUUAAAACUGGACGCAUGGUAGAGACAGCCAAGUUGUGUAAUAAUCACUAAUUUUUUACAGCGUGUAACAAAAACUUGCAAAAUUCAAUGAAGAGUAGAAGACUUCAAACUCUAUCGUGUCCCAUUUGACAUUGGCGAAACUAUUAUGAUUCAAAUACGCACCAUUGAGACCAUUAAAAAUGAAAAUUAAGUUUUUUGGCAUUGUACAACUUUGAAAGCAUUUUAUACACUGCCUUGUAACAAUAACUGCCUUUUGUGGAGAUAUGGAAUUGUUUUUUAAGCAUUAUUUUUGGUCUAUCAAUGAAUCAAAAGCAUUUAGUAUCAUUAAGAUUGGAAUGUGAUAAAUUUUAAAGUUACAUCAUUGUUUUUAAACACGUUAAUACCUGGGAGUGUUCUCAGCAUUGAUAUUAAUGCAUUCAAAACACAUAAAAGAUCUACUUAUCAUAAAAGGUAGUGGGAACACUAACUUAUUAUAAAAUAUGUAUGUUAUACUCGUAGAUGUGUCUGUAUACCAGUGUCGCAGUCAAUUCUUGUAACAUUUAUUUUUUGAUGGGUGCUCAAAAUUUCUGCAUCAAGAACUACUUAAAUUUUGGAAGGUUUUUUGAGAACUUUUUAAUAUAUUAAUUUAUUAUAGAGGUGGCACAGGCCUUCAUAUGUUUUGGCGCCACUCGCCCCUCUUAAUGACAUUCCUUUUUGUCAUUUUAUUUGAUUUUCACCUAUAAAAU